AUGCCUCAAAUCAUACGCGGUACACGAUCUCAUUCCGAUUCGGGCUCACCCCCUGCGCCUCAAAGUCCUCCCGGCAGGAUAACAUUCGAAAAUCUUCGCAGACCGUCUUCUAAAAGCAUACCACCAGCCGAUCGAGACCACAAUGGCGUUUACUACGAUAGUCGAGCCGCAAGUCAACGAGAAUAUAAUCGACGCGCCAGCACGCUUCAAUCGUAUUACCUCGAACAUCCGGAGCUUCUCCCACAAAUUCCCUUCACUUUUCGACAUGGCUUCAAGAGAUGGAGACUUGGCGGAUAUAUUGCAUUGAUGGUAUUCGAUGCGUGCAUCGUUCCAAUUCUGCUAUAUUAUGCCCUGACAUUUGGAGGAAAUGUUGAAGGAUACAUUACAUUUGCAGUCAUCACAGCGAUAUGGGGUGGCCCAACAUACAUUGAGUUCGCAGUUCGAUCAUUCCGGCUGGUUAUCAUCAAGCAGGCACGAUUCUUUAAGCCUCUAGGGACCGAUAAACGAUGGGCCUUCGAUAUUACCAAUUGGAUCCUCGUCUUAGUGAUCGCUGUCGUCACCGCGCUUCUCAUUGUUGGCGCAGCACCUCACGAUGUCUUCCUUAGAGUUCUUUCCAUGCCAGGGCCUGCGAUUCUUUACUGUCUGGCGGGGCCAGUUUUUCUGCUCAGCCUUUACCACCAUUUUGGCUGGAAAGCGCCUUUCAGAAUUAGCUCCACUCCAAAAGGGGAGCCGGUCUGGCCGGGGGUAUAUUACAUUGUUGAAGAUGUUGUUGCUGUCAAUGCACGAGGAGGCCGGCCUUUCCGGGAAGGUAUGGCUUCACGAUACAAAGCAAGUCCGAUAUUCCGGAAAAUGAUGAGAGAUCUAUCUUGGUUUUGGUCCAUUGGUGGACUUAUCAUGGCCGUCGCUUGCACUGUUGUGGUUGUCAUCAACCCCGUCCCAGAAGAAGUUGCUUAUGGAAUUGGCUGGGGUGUUCCAUUCCUCUGGGCAGGCGUGUGGGGAGCAAUCACUAUACCCUGGGUGCGAUCCGUCAUGCGCCACGAGAGAAACACCUGGGAACAAGAAUCGGAUAUGAUGAAAUCUACCAUGAUGCCGACACCAACUGAAGAAAAUAUUUUAGCAGGCGAUACGACUGCAGAGAACAGAGUAUGA